AUGUUCGACUCGAUGAAAGGAAAUGUUCCUAGUUUUGAGGAAUCACUCAAGACUAUUCUUAUGAAGCAUCUUCCCUGGCCCCGAGAUAUGGACCAGUGUCUUGAACCAAUCGUUAUUAAGUCUCCUACUCCAGAAGUUUCAGGACCAGAUUUCCUAGACGACCUUCCUGUUGAGCUUCUGCUAUCAAUAGCAGAUUUUCUUCCACUUGAAGAUAUUUACUGCUUCUCUCUUUGCAACCAACGACUUCUCGCAAUAUUCAACCACCGGACGAAACACCGAGACCUGGAACAAAAGACCCGGUUGUCUUUCUUACGUCGGCUCGAACAUGAUCACCCACGCUACUUGGCUUGCAAUGGCUGCUUCAUCCUUCAUACUGUGGAAGGUAUAUCAGAGCCCUUUGCACUAUCACUCCCGGCACUUCACUACCCGCCUCGCCUUGAUUGUGUGCGUGCGUCCGAGUAUGUCUCUCAAGAUCACUUGUGGAUGAUUAUACACGACCUCAGUAUAUAUACUCAUUACCGGUUUCACUUCUCUCACCUUCACCUUGCCAUGAAGCGAUUCUACUGUGGUCCCCAAUAUGGGAUUAGCACAGAUGCCCUGUCUUUCACAGAAGUGACAAAUGAUUAUGUCUGGGGAGACAGAAUCUACAGACCGACCACUCUAUUCUCGAUUGAGGCUCAGAUAUGCCCUAAGCCACCGAGUCUGUAUCUGCGAAUCCAGGAUAUCAUGUCAAUGAGAAGCAAGAAGUCACUAUCCGAGGACAAACAACUCUACGAAGAGUACUUCUUUGAUACGGAACAAGAGUACUUUGCAACUUUCCGAGUGUGCAAACACCACUCAGAGUCAUUUUGGAUGCAGGAUAUCGCUCAAUACAGCGACCGGGCCCAUUUGAUUCGGAACUGCAACGACUGCAACACCGAUUUUGAGAUCGAAUUGUUUGCAGACCGGCCAGAUGGUCAUGUCACUAUACUGACGACGAGAUGGAUCAACCUCGGGCCCGGCCUCAGCUUGGAUGAUCCCCGGUGGAAAGUUAACGCAUGGCAUGGGCCAUGGAGUGAGCCUACAGUUUCGAAACUGGACUCGAAAUACAUGGCCUCGAGUCCUCGAGACACCUUUGAGGCCCUUGCCCAUACCUCGCUUGAGGAUUUGACUUCUCGCAAUCUCUCCUACCUCAAAAGCGAGAGAUACCAAACUGCGAUGGUACCGGUCCCCAGGAGUACACCUCCUUCCUGGGCUUUGUGGAACGGGGCAACUGUACCUUGGAAUUCUUGGUGA